CAGACACAGGGCACGGCAAGGCGAAACGCGAGAAACGCGAUGUGAUACGGUGCGGCGCGGUUGUACUCCGUACGUACAUACGUGUUACGUGCGCAUUACUGUCUCGCAGAGUGCGGAGCGCGGAGUAACGAGUGCUGGAGUGGAUGCGAGACCGUUCGAGAGAUGUAUCUUCCGCCGAGCUCGGGUGCGCCGUCGCGCACCGUAUUCGUCGGGUCUCACGUUUGAGCGGACUGGUCGCCGGUCGGCCGAUCAUCGGGGGAAUCUCGAGACGGUCCUCGCGUAUCCUCGAGAUAGAAACCCGUAAUGCCGUAACCGCCGAUUAUAGAUUAGGAUAGGCUCGACGAUACCGCCGUGGCCGUCGCGGAGUUUCGUCAGUUAAGUUGCGUACCGCAUUGUGACAAAGUCACUCGAUUGUACUCCAUCGAUUGUACUCUCUGUAAUACGCACUUAGCACUUGUCCUCGUACGCGACUCGGUCCGAGAAAUGUGUACCUAUUCACCGAUUGACGACGUGUCUUAAUCCUAAUCGUUUGCCUGUUAAUUUGGCGCCAGAAGUGGAUUCUCCUACCUCAAAUCAUUGCGAUUGAAACAAAAGUUGUAGCGAGGGAAACUCGAAAUGGAAUCUGCCAUUACUGGACGAAGGCGAACUGCUACACGGCAUUCUGCGGAAGAUCAAGCGCUUGAUCAAAUAGCCAAGGAGGCAGAAGCAAGACUGGCUGCUAGGAGACAGGCGAGAGCAGAAGCCAGAGAAAUACGAAUGCGGGAGUUAGAAAGACAACAGAAAGAGGCAGAGGAGAAUGCUGAUAAGGUUUACGACAUGUGUGCAGCUGAUGUAAAUAGAACUAUGAGAGUGACUCCGGAUCCAGUGCGUACAUCGCGACUUCUUACAAAUUCCAACAAUUUCCAAUCGAGUCGUAGAUCUUCAGAAGAUUCGUUGGAAGACGCAGGAUUAAGCAGAGAUAUAAGGCUGGAAUUAAAGGAAUUUGAGGAAAAGUUCAGAAAGGCAAUGAUAGCUAAUGCUCAGCUAGACAAUGAAAAGUCAUCAUAUGCUUAUCAAGUGGAUUUAUUAAAGGAUAAAUUCGAAGAAUUAGAAGAAACCACUGCACAAUUACGUAGAGAGUUGAGAGAGAAAAAUCGAAAUGUUGAGCAAUUAAAACGGGUCAGUCAAAGAAUGAAGGAAGAUUUAGAUAUUUGCAAGGCGCAGUUACUAGAAAGAGAUACACUUAUACAAGAAAACGGUUUAGUCAUUAUUGACAAUAUGGAAAGCGAAGAUGAAAAUAAUGAAAAUGUUGAAAAUGGAUUGUGUCAUAGAAAGAGGGUACUAGUCAGUACAGAAGCUGCAGAGUUAUUAGAAACAGCUGGUACAGGUUCACUAGAUCUUUUAGAUAUUCGACUGAGAAAGUUUGCUUCCGAGAAGAAGGAACUGCAAGAUGAAAUUCGCCAUUUACGAUUGGAGUUAGAAGAAACUAGAAAUCGUGUGAGACCCGAAAAAUCAUCUGGUUCAUUAUUAGGUUAUUUAUCAGAUAAUGAGGAUACUCAACGUGAAGCAAAUAAAUUAUUGGCUGAUUAUAAAUUUAAAUUACAAAAAGCGGAACAAGAUAUGUCAACGCUGCAAGCGACAGUAGCUAGAUUAGAAAGUCAAGUAAUUCGUUAUAAAUCAGCUGCAGAGGCAUCUGAAAAAGCAGAGGAUGAGUUGAAAGUAGAAAAAAGGAAAUUGCAAAGAGAAGUAAGAGAAACACAAAGUCGUGUAGAGGAAUUGGAGACAGCAAACUCUCAUCUACAAAGGAGGUUGGAUAAACUUAAAAACGCUAAAUCAGCUCUUUUAAAGGAGCUUUGACAGAUUAAUGUUUGCAGAGAUGUACAAUAAGUUUGUUACUUAUAUACCUUGAACAAAUCGUGAUCUAACGUUGCCUCCAUAUUAAUAUCCCUUAACAUUUUGAAUAUAAUUUACAAGGGCAAAGAUUACGUAUUACCGUUAUAACAUUUCACACUGUAGCGGAUGUCAUCUAGACACAAAACCACAAAAAAUUAUGAAAAAGAUCCCUACCUCUUAUAUUUACCAAUCUUUGAUACCAACUUACUUUUUGCAUUAUUCUUUAAUGGAUUAAUAAGGCACUUUUUAAUGCAUUUUACGUUACGUUUUUGUAUACAUUUGUAAGCAGGUAUAGAGCUGAUUCAAUACUUGGUACUUUUACAUAAGUAGCAAGUAAUAAAAUAUAUUCAUUUUUGUCUUGUUGCAAUAAGUUUGUGAAAAUUAUUUUAAAUUACUAAUAUAUAUUUGUAAAAGCACGAAAUAUAUUUAUAUAUUAUGACGAACAUGAUAUGAACGUCGAAUAUUUUUUGCCAUAUUAAAUUUAAUAGAAUAGAA